GGCCUCAAUUGGCAAUCGAAAACACAGACGAUGAAGGUCAAGUGGAACCAUUUUCAGUUAAUGCUGUUCUGGCUAACAGUGUUAAGCCUCUUCGCCUUCAAAGUGGAUGCUCGCAAACGUCUCAGAAUUGGAUUGCACAAGAAUCCUGAACCAAUCGAAGAAAAUGUCCAGAACGAACUUAAGACCCUGUCUAUAAAACACAAGCUGAAAGUGGAAGUUGCGACUUCUUCGAAAUCGAAUAAAAAACAUUCCGGAUCAGCGGUCGCCACACUGGAGAACCUUUAUAACACGGAGUAUUAUACGCCAGUGAAAUUUGGGAAUCCUCCACAGGUUCUGAGAGUGCUGAUCGAUACAGGCUCGGCGAAUCUCUGGGUGCUUUCUAGCAAGUGCCCAGACUCGGUUAAACCCUGUGCCAAUCAGGUAAAGUACAAUGCAAGUGCUUCCACAACGCAUAAGGAUGUUGAUAAAGCAUUCACUAUUGAAUAUGGAGCCGAUUCGAAUGGAGGAAAUAUUGCGCUCUCUGGCAUUGAAUCCCAGGACACAGUUAACAUAGCUGGAUUUUCCAUAAAAAAUCAAGUUUUCGCCGAGAUUAGAAAUGCACCCGAGACAGCAUUUCUCAAGUCCCAGUUCGUUGGAAUUUUGGGCUUGGGAUUUUCCAGCAUAGCCAUCAAUAGCAUCACACCGCCUUUCUACAACUUGUGGGCUCAAGGUCUGAUAAAGAAGCCUGUGUUUUCGAUUUACCUAAAUAGAAAUGGCACAAAUGCCGUGAACGGUGGUGAGCUGAUUUUGGGAGGCAGUGAUUCGGGUCUGUACAGUGGAUGUCUGACCUAUGUGCCCGUUUCGACUGCAGGCUACUGGCAAUUCACCAUGACCAGUGCCAAAGUGAAAGAUUUUAAGUUCUGCGAGAAUUGCGAGGCCAUUCUAGAUGUAGGCACUUCGCUUAUUGUUGUGCCUGAGGAAACUCUAAGUAAGAUCAACCAGAUAUUGGGUGUUCUCAACCCAAAGGAUACGACCAGUGUCUUCUUGGUAAACUGCUCAAGGAUCAGCGAGUUUCCGGAUAUAAUCUUCACCAUUGCCCGCCGCGAAUUCCGCCUGAAGUCCACCGAUUAUGUGCUGCGAUAUGGAAACACUUGUGUUUCUGGCUUCAGCAGCUUGAAAGGCAACACUUUGCUGAUUCUGGGCGAGAUCUUCCUGGGAGUCUACUACUCGGUCUACGAUAUUGUCUAUAAAAUUAUUGGACUCGCACCAGCAGUGCAUUAAUUUGAUUUUUUUUAAAUGUGUUAAAUAAUAUAUCAAUCUACUCAAGCAUUAACCAAAAUAAUAAUAACCAAUAUCCCCAUUUUAUUCAAUAUUUUAUUUAAUUAAUAAAUAUCCCCCUUUUAAAGAAUUA